AAGGAGAAUAAGUUAAUGCAGCAGAUGGAGAUGGCACAUGCUGGCAGUACACCAAGUAAGGCACGGAAGGUGAAGAAGGAGUAUGAACACAAUUGUGAGGAGUCCAGGAAGUUGAGUAAACUGUUCCCAUUGGAAAUGUCUGGCAGUUACGACCCUCGUGAGAGCCAUAUGAAAGUCUGUCUUGCUGGAUACCAGGAGCUACCUUUUUUGGAUGGUGCAAAGAAAUAUCAACAACAGUACUAUCCUAACGCAGAGGAGACGGCGUACUCGUUCCCUGCUGGUUACGUCCUAAAAGAAAAAGAGCAGAAGAAGCUCUUGGAGGAAAUGAAUGCAAAACCAACGGGGAAGGACGGAGAAGCACCAAAGAUUCCCUCUGACUCCACAGCAGUCGCCAAGGUCUUCCAUUAUGUCAAGGAAGAAUUGACCGACUCACCCAGUUUCGUGAUAUAUGAUUACGUUUUCACCAAGACAUUCUACGAAGCAAUGGGAAUUACAGGGCGCAAGAAAGGGCACAGGAAGCAAGCAAGUAGAGGCAAGAGGAGAGAAGGAUUUGAUAUCUUGCAAGGUGAUCAUGAUGUGUGUGGGAUCGUUUUGGACGGCAAGCGAGUUCUUGUUGUCUUUUUCCAGGUGAAAGGCAGAGAGAUUAUGGGUAGUAAAUACUCCCUGAAGAAGCUCGUGGGUUAUGGAGAAUAUCAGUUGAAAAAGGAUAUGAGGGUUUUUCAACAGGUAUUUGGAGCGAAUACCUAUUCAAACGUUUUGCUCUGUGGUUUCGUCGCUCUUCCUCAUAUGUCGAGGAGUGAGGUCAAGGAAUCCUUGGGAUGUCAUCAUGAUAGCAUCCUGACAAAGGAUGAUCUGGAUCUCAGGGAUUCAUUUAGGGAUUUUCUGAAGAGAAAUGGGUUUACUCUGGGAAAGCAGAAGGGAGUAAAUGUAAAAGCGAGGGAUAGGUACUUAGAGGUUAUAAGAACCUAUAUGGCAGCCUCAGUAUCUGUGGAGGGAAUGCCCAGAACAGUUGAAGACCUCCGGAAGAACGUAGAUGAAGGGAUGAAGAAGGUCCUCAUUCUUCUUACUCCUCAGCAGAAGAUGAUUCUAAAAGAGGAUCGGAAAGUGUUAUUUAUAGUUGGGGGACAAGGUACAGGAAAGACGUACCUGCUCCUCAACAGAGCCCAAGAACUGGUCGAUCGAGGGGAGAAGGUCGUCAUUGUCAAUAUGUCAGAGGGAGAGUUGACACAUUUUUUCAGAAAGUGGAAAGAGUCAGAGUCGCCAGAGCGCCAGAAGAACAUUGAAGUCAUCACUCCAGCCGAACGUUCAGGCGAUGGUGGAAAAGAAGUCGACUAUAUUUUAAAGAUAAUGAAUGCACAAAAAGAAAAGCAUUUUCUGAUUGAUGAAAUGCUGGUCAACCACGGAAUGAAGGAAAGGGAUCCAGAGGAGGUAGGGCAACUAUGGAAGUCCUUUGCAGAGAAAGUGGAAUGCCGAACUAUUUGGAUAGUUUGGCGUCCCAGUGACAGCAAUUACCCUGAGGCUUUUGAUAUGCAGAAAGUCGUUGAUUCUGUGGGACACGAAAAGGUGGAACUCUUGACGGCAAUCAUGCGAUGUACAAGAGAAAUGGGAGAGUUCUUGGUCGGUGUCACCCAGUUCCUUCAGAAGAGGUUUCGGUGCCACAAAUAUUUGCCCAUGCUAGGCCUGAAACAUCAACUUCAGCGCCACACAGAUCCACACGAAGCAAGAGUUUUGUUCGUAAAGAAAUCAUCAGACGAUACUAGCGUGUGGGCAUCUGCAGCUUUGGCCAUUAGCCAGGAGUUCGAUAGAACAGAUGUCGGUUCCUUGCCCCUCGUCAUAAUCACAAGGACAAAGAAGGAGAAGGAAGGGUUGAAACGGGAAAUUUCCCGAACAAAGAAUGUCGCCUUCCUUGAUCCUCGUGGUACAUUCUGUGGGAGCCUCCGACCGGAAUUCCUCAUCUUCUGGGAGCUUGAGGUAACUGGGAUGUCUUUCGAGCAUGUCAUCCUCUUGGAUGAUUCGAAAUCAACCUAUCGCUCCUGGUUUCAUGCAGUUUGCAUGGCACGACGAACCCUCCACGUGAUCACUACAGAUCCAUUUCCCUUCGGUCAUUGGGAAGAACCUGAGCAGAAGGGACUCGUCUCCUGGCGCCCUCUCAGUCCGCUACCUACAAAGUUGUCUGGUUUACCUGACCUGCCUUCGUAUGAACAACUACAAUUGAGCCCUUUCAUUGGGUCAGACUCUGCCCUUUCGCGUUAUGCGGUAACUGAGGAAAAGGUAGAACUUAUUUUUGGAGGGGAGCAUUCUGGGAAAACAGAAUUUCUCAAGAAGAGGUUUAAUAGCGAGACCGAGGAGACAAGAGAAUCUGAGGCACGGAAAAUUUACAUCGACUGCAGCAGAUGGAGCAAAGAAAAAUUUCCGAGAAGCCUUUCUCUUGUGUACUUCAAAGAGAAAAUGGAGAGGGAUGUCGAGGUCUUUGAUGUCCACGAUCUCCAGGCAGAUCUUAAACUAUAUAAUGAUAGUAUUCUAUCAUGUAAAUUCAUCGAAGUACUCCUGGCGGGGAUAUUGAAGAACGGGACGAUGGGACACCACAUCGCACUCGACUAUGUGCCUAUUAAUCGGAUAGGAACUCAUGGAGACACGGAGGGUUUGACACGUGACUGGAAAUCCACUCUACAGCACCUCUGCUCUCGAUUCCAGGCCUCUCUCGCCUCUAUCACCAUCUUCUUCCAUCCCUAUGUCGAAUAUCGAACAACUACUUUCGACAUAGAGGAUUUUAAGAAAGGAUUUCGAGAUUUCCCAGAAGUGAAGAUCCUGGAUAUGGGAUAUCAAAACGAGGCCUUCUCCGACCUCCUUCAAUAUAUCCUCAAGCACGAAUCCCCGUAUGAGCUACAAGUGAAGCCAGGAACGCUGCCCACUCGGCCCCAGCCCUCCUCUCUUGUGUUCGGGGAGAAACCCACCCUCAUCACUCCUCCAAAUCAUGAACAUUACCACGGGGGGUGGAAAUGCUUGGGUGGCCGGGGAUGCGUCGCUGUCACUGCUGCUGAAUAUCUUCUCUCCCACGCAUUGAAGGAUAACAUCGUCGUGCUAAUCUCGGAUCAAGAGGUGAAGGAGGUCUUCAUUGAAUUUCUGGAUCGGAUGAAAGCGCCCAUCCCUCAGAUCCACCAUCCGGAGAAAUACCGGGGAUGCGAGAGUCAUGAGGUGAUGUGUGUGGGGGUGGAGGACUCCUGGAUGGUGGAGGGGAUCUCCCGCGCCAUCAGGACUCUUUUCAUCGUCGAUGGAGGGAAUCAUCCCACGAUCCCUACUGGUCCGGUGAUAGAGGAAGAUGCGGAGAAAGGAGCAUUUCUUCGGAAAGAAAAUCGGAGGGUUUUCGCCUUGGGAGCAAAUGAAAGAAAAACCAAAUAUGGGAUUUGGGAAGUCUUUCCGUGGGAAGUACCUCAUCUCCCUCCGACUCAAUGGUUUCAGACGAACGAAAGUGUCGUCGACUUGUUCCUCGCUCACUCGGGCAGACUCAUCUACGGCAGAGAGAAGGAAGUUCGGAUCUUCCACUUGGGGAAGAAAAAUCCCUGUGAAGCUCCUUGGAAGAACUGGGGGGAAAAAUUCCCAGUCCACGAUCCGUUCUCCAUUCAGUUUACCGCUGGUGCGAUUUCUUACGACUCUCUCUUCCUCAUGGGAGGAGAGAGAAAUCCUCAAAAAGUACUCCAGCUGGAUUUAUAUACAGGAAUAUGGAUGCCCUUGUCCCCAUUGGAAGUAGGAAGAAAGAGCGCAGUUGCGGUGAUGCGGAAUCCCCACACCAUCAUGGUCUUGGGGGGUGAGGACCCCGAAAAGAGGCUGCUCUCCAGCUGCGAGUUCUUGGACACAAGAGAGAAUUCGUCGAAAUGGGUCCCUUUUACGCACGACAUCCCCACGCCCGUCGAUAAUCACGCGGUCACUCUCUGUAAUGACCGUGUAUACAUAUCUGGGGGAUGGAACGGAAGGGAAUCCAUGAAGAAUGUAUUCAAGAUGGAUGUGAAUGGAGGCUGGGAGGAACUCCCCCCUUUAAUUUUGAAACGACAAUAUCAUGGCAUGAUCAACGACGGGGAAAGACUUACUGUCAUUGGUGGGAGAAAAGCAAAGGAGACGAAUGGAGGGAGUGGAGCAAGGGAGGAGGUCCUGAUGACAGAAACGCUGACCCUAGAUGGUGGAAAAGAAGCGGGGCAACACUGUGGGGAGUGCCGGCAUGGCCGGAAGCGAGGAAAGGGACAGGGGAAGCGUGCUGCGUGGGCAUGGCGGAGGGCAGGUCGGUUCGGCGAGGGUCGUGGUGCAGCCCGUUGCAUUGAUCGGGCCGGGACCGGAUUUGGAGCCCCGUGA